GGGCGCUCCAAGAUGGCGGCGGCGGCGGGGCCGUGCGCGGCGCUGUGGGCGCUGGCGGCGGCUCUGCUGCUCCUGCUGCUCCUGCUGCUCUGGCGGCGGCGGGCGGGCGGCGCGGGCCGGGUGUGCGUGGCCGUGCUGGGGGACCUGGGCCGCAGCCCGCGGAUGCAGUACCACGCGUUGGCGCUGGCCCGGCACGGGCGCGAAGUCGCUCUGCUGGGCUACCUCCAGACCCGGCCGCACCGGGACGUGCUGCGCUGCGAGAACAUCCGGCUGGUGCCCGUGGCGGAGCUGAGCGGGCUGCGAGGAGGCGCUGGAGUUAAACACCUGCCGGUACUUUGGCGCUGUUCAGUGGGGCCAAAGCUUUUCCAGUAUGUCCUAAAGGUGCUGGUGCAGUCAGUGCAGUUGCUGUACACGUUGCUGAGGAUAGAUCAGCCAUCCUAUAUUCUUCUUCAGAAUCCCCCAGGCUUACCCGGUAUAGCUGUUGCCUGGGUGGCAGGGCUGUGGUGGGGGAGCAAGCUCAUCAUCGAUUGGCACAACUACGGGUACACCAUCAUGAGCCUGAGUCACGGGAGGAGCCACCCGCUGGUCCUGAUUGCAAAAUGGUAUGAAAAGCUAUUUGGGCGCUUGUCUGACUAUAACCUGUGUGUCACUGAUGCCAUGAAGAAAGAUCUCUGGGUGAAUUUCAAGAUAAAGGCUGUAACAUUGUAUGACAAACCAGCGUCUUAUUUUAAGGAAACGCCAUUAGACCUCCAACACAACUUGUUCAUGAAACUUGCCCGGGACUACGAGCCCUUCAAAGCACGGGCUGUCAGUCCCAGUGCCGACAGAUCAGCCUUCACCGAGAGGGAUGGCAGCACUGGGAGCGUGGUGAAGCCCCGGGGCCGGCCAGCCCUUCUCAUCAGCAGCACCAGCUGGACAGAGGAUGAAGACUUCUCAGUCCUUUUAAGAGCUUUAGAAGAUUAUGAGAGGUUUAUCGAGGAGGGAGCUGAGCUUCCAGCUUUAGUGUGUGUGAUAACAGGUAAAGGGCCUCUAAAAGAUUAUUACAAUAGACUGAUCCAAAAGCUGCACUUGAAGCAUAUCCAGAUCUGUACACCGUGGCUGGAGGCUGAAGAUUACCCUCUUCUGCUCGGCUCAGCAGACCUGGGGGUGUGUCUCCAUAAAUCCUCCAGUGGUUUGGAUUUGCCCAUGAAGGUGGUGGAUAUGUUUGGCUGCUGUUUACCUGUGUGUGCAAUACAUUUUGAAUGUUUACAUGAACUGGUGAAGCACAAUGAGAACGGUCUGAUAUUCAGGGACUCGCAGGAACUUGCGAAACAGCUGAAGAUGCUUUUCUUGGAUUUCCCUAGCCUGGAAGGGAAACUUCCCAGCUUCCGAGAGAACCUGCGAGUGUCCCGGCAGCUGCGCUGGGAGCAGAGCUGGGACCAGACUGUCCUUCCCUUGCUGGGCAACAAGGAAUGACUGGGGGAAGGAGGGUGUCAAACACAUUCCUGCAGCUGCAGGGAUUUGGGAAACAGUGAAUAAAUACUUUGUAUUUUCUG